AAUUAGCCACAUUAUCUUCGCGGGUUAGAAGAUAAUGUGGCUAAUUAAAGAUCUGUGAUGAUGAGUGAUCAUUUGACAGGAGUAGGCGGAGCUCAGCAGUAAGAGCGCGUAAGUGCUGGUAAAGGACCUUCGCCAAUGGUCAUGUGACAGGAGUGGGCGGAGCGCAGCUGAAGGGUUGUUAGUUAUAUUAAAGUUUAGUUAAAUAUAAAAAAAAAAACAAUUGGUCACGUUUCCUGUGUGGAUUUGAGCUAAACCCCUCUUGUGAUUAGUUACAUUAAAGUUCAGUUAAAUAAUGCAAAAAAAUAAAAAUAAAAAAAAUGUGUGAGUGGAGGUCACGUGUUUCCUGUGUACACUGGAGCUGCCGUCUGCAGCCAAACCUCUUAGUGACUUAGGAACUGAUAGUGCGAGUGAGAAGGCGUUACUUCCGGUAGUGACGUGUUUCCGGGGCGCGGAUUUCAAUCAUCUGUCUAUCAUGCAGUGUUUAUGUCACAUGGAGGGAUGAACGGGAAGCAGAGGACUCUGUUCCAGACGUGGGGGUCCUCUGUGGCCCCUGAGCCCAAGAGACCCCCGGAGCCCUUGGUUAAGAAGAAUAAAGGGAAGACUGUAAGGAAGGGGAAGAAUAAUUUGUCCCAGGGGCCACGACUUGGGACCACUGUUGCCCCGGAGGAGGAUGAUGAGGAUGAUGAAGUGCUGCUGGUUGCUGUCUAUGAGGCGGAGAAGUCUUUAAAUGGAGGUGUACAGGCUGACUCUGUGGGCUUGGGCCCCUCUAGAGCCCCCUGGUGUGACUCUGACCCUGUGGCCCCGGGCCCCUCUAAUGCCCCCCUGCUCUGCCCCCCUCCUGAUGCCACCAAUAUACAGAAUUUACCCGGGUUUGACCUGUCGGCCGGAGGCGUGUGGAUCUAUCCCACCAACUACCCGGUGCGGCAGUACCAGUACGACAUGGCGCACACCGCCUUACUGCACAACACCCUGGUCUGUCUCCCUACAGGUCUGGGCAAGACAUUUGUUGCCGCCGUGGUCAUGUACAACCUCUACCGCUGGUACCCGUCUGGUAAAAUUGUCUUUAUGGCGCCCACCAAGCCUCUGGUGGCGCAGCAGAUCGAAGCCUGCUACCGGGUCAUGGGGAUCCCUCAGACGCACAUGGCGGAGAUGACCGGAUCCACUCAGGCUCAUAACCGUAAAGAAAUAUGGCAGAAACACAGGGUCUUCUUUUUAACUCCCCAAGUCAUGGUGAACGAUCUUACCCGUGGUGCCUGUCCGGCACGUGACAUCAAGUGUCUUGUCAUAGAUGAAGCUCAUAAGUCCCUCGGCAAUCAUGCGUACUGUCAGGUUGUACGAGAACUUAGCACUUAUACCACACAGUUUCGGAUCUUAGCUCUCAGCGCCACCCCUGGCAGUGAUGCCAAGUCAGUGCAGCAAGUUGUAUCCAACCUGUUGAUCAGCAGAAUCGAGCUGCGGGCGGAGGAUUCCCCGGACAUUCAGCCUUAUUCUCAUGAACGGCAACUUGAGAAGUUUGUGGUUCCUCUGGGAGAUGAAUUGGAAGCUGUGCAGAAGUCCUAUAUACAGGUCCUAGAGGCAUUCGCCGGGCGUCUGAUACAGAACAACGUAAUGUCACGGAGGGAGAUCCCUAAAUUAACCAAAUACCAAAUCAUCUUGAGUCGAGAUCAGUUCCGGAAGAACCCCCCACCCAAUAUAACUGGCCCUCAGAUGGGAGUGGUGGAGGGAGAUUUCGCUCUUUGUAUAAGUCUUUAUCAUGGCUACGAGCUGCUGCUACAGAUGGGAAUGCGUUCUCUGUUUUACUACCUGCGCUCCAUCAUGGACGGCUCGAAAGGUAUGAAUCGGGCAAGAAAUGAUCUUGGAAGAAAUUCUGACUUCAUGACUCUAUACCAGAAUCUGGAGUCCAUGUUUUCAGCGGUUAAUGGAUCUGAUGUCAAGAAACCUUUUAUCUAUAGCCACCCGAAGCUAAAGAAAUUAGAAGAAGUCGUGGUCCAGCAUUUUAAAAAUUGGAACAAACAAGGUCAGAGUUCUUCCAGCAGUUGUCCCGUUAACACCCGUAUCAUGAUCUUCUCUUCCUUCCGGGACAGUGUCCAAGAAAUAGCAGAAAUGCUCAACCAGCAUCAGCCUAUUGUCAAAGUUAUGACCUUUGUGGGCCAUUCAUCCACUGGGAAAGGAGUUAAAGGUUUCACCCAGAAAGAGCAGCUGGAGGUGGUGAAGCGGUUCCGGGAGGGCGGGUAUAAUACGCUGGUCUCCACCUGUGUAGGAGAAGAAGGCUUGGACAUCGGAGAGGUGGAUCUCAUCAUUUGCUUUGAUGCCCAGAAAAGUCCUAUCCGUCUCGUCCAGAGAAUGGGUCGAACGGGAAGAAAACGCCAGGGACGGAUAGUGGUGAUAUUGAGCAAAGGACGGGAGGAGCGAACCUAUAAUCAAAGUCAAUGUAAUAAGAGAAGCAUCUAUAAAGCCAUCAUGGGAAAUAACACAGAUUUGCACCUCCAGCAACAAAGCCCUCGCAUGGUCCCCGAUGGGAUCAAUCCAACAGUGCACAAGAUGUUCAUCACACAAGAUGCUUACAAUGUCAAAGAUGGAGCUGGCCCCAAAGACAGACGUUCUGCUGUGGCCCACCGUAAAUCAUCCGUGUUCUUCAAUGCAGAAGACUCCCUGAAAGAAGACUGGCUCCUGACUAAUGCAGAGUUUGAGACCUGGGACAGAUCCUAUCGCUUAAAGGAAUCUGAUGGAAUGAGAGAUGUUGUUCUACCCAAGACCCACUUUGAGCUAUUCAGAGAUCCCGAAGCAGAUGUUGAAAAUGGCCCAGGGCCGGUCCGCAAGCUAUCUCUGUCUGAAUGGAGCUUGUGGCAGAAUCGACCUUUUCCAACAGACUCUGUUGAUCACUCUCAUCGAUGUAAGAAUUUCAUUGCUAUUAUGGAAUUAAUAGAACAGAUGAGAUUGGAGGAGAACGGUUGCAAGUAUGAUGAAGGAUUGAAGGCAUUCUUGAAGGAGGAUGUCCAGCCAUUACGUAAAGGCACUAAAGAUAGUAGAGUUUGUCCAACCAGCAAUUCCAAGGGCAAGAAAAAGCUGUCCGUUGUACAAAAUACAAAGGCUUUUCAGAACUCCACUUUGUUCUCCUCGAUUGAACCCGAUGAAGACUUUAUGUCAACGUCCAAAGCUUUUAGGGGGUCAAGAUUGCGGUCUGCUGAGCUCAGUACAGACUCUGUGGUUGGUGCUUCAGAGAUGGAGGAAGCCAUAGAGGUCGAUCUAGAUCAAGAUGUUGGUGAUGAGAUGGAAAUUGAAGAGUAUGAAGAAUCUUCCAAAAAUCCUCCAAAGCGGGAAGAAGUUUUGACAACGAAUUGCCUAAACACAAUGUCGAAAUCUCCUCUCAAUGACUCCUCUACACUCUUAUCGGAUUUCUUCUACACUCCUUCACUUGAUACUCGUGACAUUCCCAUCAAGUUGGCUGAUGACUGCAUCAAUGAAGUAAAACAAAUGCUAUCACGUGUCAAGAAAUUCUUAACCUUUUCCCCUCCCGCAUUAUCUGAACUCGACUCUUUGGUUACUAUGAAAAUUUCUGCAGGAUCUUCAGCAGCCGCAAUAUCCCCCGUGCCAUAUAAAACAUCCCAAUUUUCACCUUUACGUCUACAAGGAAGCCACAAUCACUCAAGUCAACCAGAUGGUUUAGAGGAUGGGCCAGUCACUGAAGAAGACGGUGAAGAAGGGCCCUGUGAAAAUAUAGUUUCUGGAGCAACACACCAACCACAAAAUAAGGUGGAGACUAACACAAGUGGGGUUAAGGAUGAUGGACCACUACAUGAUCCUCAUUGGGAUGAUAUUUUUGACUGCGAUGGAGAUGCCACCUAUGUUGAAAAUGUUGACCCACCUCAAACAUACAACCACUCCAUACAUGAAGAUGAGGAUGAUGAUUAUAAAAAGGACAUUGAGGAUUUUGACCCACCUGUGAGAAUAGACAGUCCUGUCACAAAGCUAGAGAAGACUGAAAAUAAUAUAAACAUCGGAAAUGCAUCUAUUUCCUGUAAUUCACAUUUUGCCCAAGACCGAAAUAAUAUAAAAAGUGAUGAUACGGACAUUGAUGUCCCGAGGGCUCAUAGCCCUACCCACUUUGAGAAAGAAGAAUAUCCAUCUGGGUUAAGAGAAGACAAACUCAAUUCAUUCCCUGAAGAUUUAGAUGACAGUUUCGACUUAUUUGAAAAUGAAGAAUUCGCAGAAAUCGACCAAUUCACUUCAACUAAAGCCGGCACAACAAACAAGCCAGAUGGAGGGACAACCGUAAACUUCAAUAUGUUUGACCCAUCUCUUCUCGCUGAGGACAUUACAGAAGAAGAUCCAGAAGACCAGGCUUGUUCCAAUUUCAUUGAGAAUACAGAACGUGAAGAGGAUGAUGCUGAUGGUUCUCAAGAAUUGUUUUCUGUCAAUUUCGAUCUUGGAUUUUCCAUUGAGGGUGAGUCUUCGGAUGGUGAAGAUGGUGGGCAGCCAGAGAAUACGUAUGAAGAAGAACCCAGUCUCUUCAAGGCCCCCAGCCCUCCCAAAAGGAUGGUUGCUGGAGGUGGUGCCAUGUCUACUCCUAUAACCUCAGAGGUUAAAAAACCCAACUACGAAGCUAUGUCUGACAAACGCAUUUCUCUUCUCUCGCCAUUACACCCACUUAAAGACACGUUUGCCCAGGCUCCUGAAAAGUCAGGUUGUGCCUCAUCCUUUCUUAAAUCGCCCACUAGAAUGUUGGACAGCACUAACGCAUCUUUCAAUACCUUUGCAAAACUGGAUUUGUAUACACCAACUAAGAAGGUUGAACCAAGAGCAGAAAAUACCCCUAUUGUUGUAACAUCAGGAGGAAAUAGACCAGAAUCCGCGAUGGAUCGUUGUAUAACUAUCGGUAGCAGCCCGGAGAGUGAAGAUGAUGUCGUCUUUAGAAGAAAAAGAAAAUUAACCAGUGCCAAUGUCCUCACAUCCCCGGAGCCUCCAAGCAGCGAGUGUGAUGUCGACUCACCGAUGCCCGUGGCUAAGAAGCGCCGACAUGUCCUUAACACGCCGGACUCAGACGAUGAAAACUUUCAGCAAGCGCCGAAUCAUCACAUGGGAAAAGCCCAGAAUAGCCGAAAACAGGACAAAGUGAGGGGACCCGAACACAAGAAGAUGAAGAGUGCAGCCAGAGGGUUCUUGGACGAUGAGGCCGAGCUGUCCGCAGAAGAAGCCGAAUUUGUGUCGUCCGAUGAGGACGUUGGUUCCGAGGACGAGCAGGACACAUCGCUCGUGGGGUUCCUGAACGACAACACUCAGCUUUCUCAGGGCUUAAAUGACUCGGAGAUGCAUGGCGUAUACCUGAAGUCUGUACGCAGUCCCGCUGUUGGAAAUAGGUUUAAGAUGGUGCACAAGAGGCACAGUAUGGCUAUCUUCUCCCAGAUUCCAGAACAAGACGAGAGCUACAUGGAGGACAGUUUCUGUGUUGAAGAAGAAGAUGAUGAUGAAGAGGAGGAAGAAGGAAAGUCCAGCUCUGAGGAGGAAGUUCAGGCCGAUCUCAACCUCCUCCAGGAGGACAGCUAUGUCGGAGGGAGAAAACAAUAUCGCACGCGACGCCGGCUGAAGCUCAAAGGUGCCGAAAAAGCCAAGGAGCAGCCAAUGAAGAAGAAAAGACGCAUCAUCAUCCACGAUGACUCUAGUGAGGAGGAAUCGGGAGCAAAGGUCAAAUCUCCACCUCAGACUUCAGCCAAGGUGUCCGUACCGCCUUCCAACAAACCCCCAGUAAAUGACAAAGGUUCCGGACCUGACAAGAAGAACGUGUUUGAUGUUACUUUAAGGGACCGCUGCCAGAUGAGGCUGGAUCUCCAGGUUUCUCUGUCCAACGAGCUGGACUUUCAGCCAGAAGUCAGACCAGGAACAUCAAAUGGGAUUAUCCGCUCUCCGGGGAAGCUGGACGAUGGGAACAGAAAAUUAUCAUGGCCGCCUUCAAUCUGUGACUCUGUGGUGAAGAGCCCUGUGUCCGCAGCACUGUGUAUCCUCGCGGACAGCAGAGAGAUCUCCUCCGGCCCUGAGGUUAUCACUUAUCUGAGGACCACUCACGGGGUCAGGGUGGACAUCUGCUCGCUGGGCGGAUGCGACUAUAUCGUCAGUAACCGCUUGGCCAUAGAAAGGAAAUCACAGUCAGAAUUUUCUAACAACGCAAAUAGGAACAAACUGGUGGAGCGGAUCCAGCACCUGCACAGCACCUUCGAGCGGAUCUGUCUGAUUGUGGAGAAGGACAGGGUGAAACCAGGGGAAACAUCGCGGUUGUUCCAGAGGACUCGGUAUUAUGACACCACGUUGUCGUCUCUGAUUAGCGCCGGGGUCCAGGUCCUGUUCAGCUCCGACCAGGAGGAGACCGCGCGGCUGCUGAAAGAGCUGACAGCCCUGGAGCAGAGAAAGAACACAGCGAUAAGUGUCCCCACACAGGUGUCAGGCCACCAGCAGGAGGCGCUCAACUUCUAUCUGUCCAUCCCCAACGUCAGCUACAUCACCGCCCUCAACCUGUGUCACCACUUCACGUCUGUCCGACAGAUGGCAAACAGCUCACUAGAGGAGAUUGUAAGCAAAGGAAACGUCAACAAGCAGAAGGCCGAAGAAAUCUACCGCUACCUCCAUUACGUGUUCGAUCCGCGCAUGCUGCAGCCCGGCGACAAACGCAAGCAGAGUAAAUCAUGACCGCCUGUUUCUUUACUUGUCUGUUUAUUUUUGUAACUUUCUACAGAGGGGAUGUUAUUGCAGGCAAUGCCCCCCCCCCCAGUCCUCUGUGCACUUUAUAAUGUUUUCUUAUUUGUAUUAUAUGUAAAUAAACCUUACACUAAGUAACACUGCAACUGUGUGCAAAUCAUAUCCUAUAUUACAACAAACACUACAGAUCAGAAAGAUUCGCACAUUGUAAAAA